CGGGCGCGAGGAGCAGGGCGGGGCGGGCGGGCGCCCGGGGCGGUGGCGGCGGCGGCCGUUGGGGUGUGACCGUCCCCGCCCCGCGUGGCUCCUGGCGCUGCCACGAGGGCGGCUGUCUGCUGCCUGGUUUUGUGGCUGAGACCCAGAGGGGUGGCUUCACCUCGGACGUUGAGGUUCAUGAUCGGGUGGUGGCAGCAGGAAGUUCUUCAUCCAGAGUGAUAGUACAUGUGGACCUGGAUUGCUUUUAUGCACAAGUAGAAAUGAUUUCAAACCCGGAACUAAAGGGCAAACCUUUAGGUGUUCAGCAGAAAUUUUUGGUGGUUACCUGCAACUAUGAAGCUAGGGAACUUGGAGUAAAGAAACUUAUGAAUGUAAGAGAUGCAAAAGAAAAGUGUCCACAGCUGGUGUUGGUUAAUGGCGAAGACUUGACGCGUUACAGAGAGAUAUCGUAUAAGGUGACAGAGUUGCUGGAAGAAUUUAGUCCAGUUGUUGAGAGACUUGGAUUUGAUGAAAAUUUUGUGGAUCUAACAGAAAUGGUUGAGAAGAGACUACAGCAGCUUCCAAGUGAUGACCUUUCAGCACUGACUGUGUCGGGUCAUGUAUACAAUGAUCAGUCUGUAAACCUGCAUGACGUCUUGCACAUCAGACUUCUUGUUGGAUCUCAGAUUGCGGCAGAGAUGAGGGAAGCCAUGUACAAUCAGCUGGGUCUCACUGGCUGUGCUGGAGUGGCUUCCAACAAAUUACUGGCAAAACUAGUUUCUGGCAUCUUUAAACCAAAUCAACAAACAGUCUUACUACCUGAAAGUUCUCAAGAUCUCAUUCAUAGUCUGAAACACAUAAAGGAAAUGCCUGGUAUUGGCUAUAAAACUGCCAAACGCCUUGAAGCACUGGGUAUCAGUAGUGUGCAUGAUCUUCAAAAUGUUUCCUCCAAAAUAUUAGAGAAGGAAUUAGGAAUUCCCAUUGCUCAGCGUAUCCAGAAGCUCAGUUUUGGAGAAGAUAACUCUCCUGUAACACCCUCAGGACCACCUCAGUCCUUUAGUGAAGAAGAUUCACUUAAAAAAUGUUCAUCAGAAGUCGAAGCUAAAAGUAAGAUCCAAGAAUUACUUGCUAGUCUUUUGAACAGAGUAUGCCAAGAUGGAAGAAAGCCACAUACAAUAAGAUUAACAAUCCGUCGGCAUUCAUCUGAGAAGCACUGUAGCCGUGAGAGUCGUCAGUGCUCUAUUCCAUCCCACUUAAUUCAGAAGUUAGGGACAGGAAGUUAUGAUGUGAUGACCCCAAUGGUUGACAUACUUAUGAAACUUUUCCGAAACAUGGUGAAUGUGAAGAUGCCAUUUCAUCUUACCCUUUUAAGUGUGUGCUUCUGCAAUCUUAAAUCACUAAAUACUACUAAGAAAGGGACUAUUGAUUAUUAUUUAACACCAUCAUCAUCAACAACUUCAUGCUCUGGCAAGCACAGUUUUAAAAUGAAAGAUACUCAUAUGGAGGAUUUUUCCAAAGACAAAAAAACAAAUUGGGAUUUUCUACCAACUGGAAGAAUUGAAAGUCCAAGAACUCUGGAAUCUUCACUAAAUACUACAAGUUUUUCUAAAGAUCAAAAGAAGACACUUCCUGAGGGUAUUGACCAAGAAGUCUUUAAACAGCUUCCAGUAGAUAUUCAAGAAGAAAUCCUGUCUGGAAAAUCUAGAGAAAAAGUUCAAGGAAAAAGAAGUUUGAGUUGUCCAUUAAAAGCCUCUAAAGGAAUAUUAUCUUUCUUUUCUACAAAGCAAAUGCAAGAUAGUCCCUUAAAUCCUAGAGAUAAUUUAUCUAAUAGCAAACAGAUAUCCUCAUCAUCUCCCUGUGAGCCAGGAACCUCAGGCUUAAAUAACCAUUCCUCCUUCCUGUCCAGCCAAAAGGAUUAUUCACAUUCUUUAGACAGCAGCUUAAAAGAUGAACGAAUGAGUCAAGCACCUAAAAAAUCUCAAGGAUUCCACUUUUCAAAUACAAACCCCACUGUAUCUGUUUUUCAUUCAUUCCCAAAUUUGCAGAGUGAACAACUUUUCUCCAAAAAUCACACUACAGAUAGCCAUAAGCAACCGACCGCAGCAGCAUCUCAUCACGAAGGACUUGCAGAAAAUGGAGAGCAAGAUUCUACUGCUGAGAAAAUUACUUUUCCUUCAGAUGUUGAUCCUAAAGUUUUCUAUGAACUUCCAGAAGAGGUACAAAAAGAACUGUUGGCUGAUUGGAAGAGAAGAACAGGAUCAGAUUUCCACAAUGUACGUAAAUAAGCAUGUUCAGCAAAAAAGGUCUAAAAAAUAAGGGAAAGACCAUUGUUCUCAGAUCAGCAGUUUAUUAAGCUCAUCUAAAUUAAACACUAAUCGAUAUUUAAUGUCACAAUCCAAUAUAAAAUGUUCUAAAGCAAGAAUAGUUAUGGGAAGUAAAUUCUGACACAAAAUAUAAAAAAUUCAUAAUAGAAGAAGCAAUGUAAAACAUUACCUUCCUCCUAUAUUUAAAAACUUUUAUAUUGCUUUUCAAUAAAAAUAUAUCUUAGCAUUAGUUAAUUUCCCAUAAAAUGAGGGGAAAGAUAUACUGUAUAUGCCUGCAUAUAAAAAAAAUAGACUGGCCAGAUCAUUGCUAUGUCAUAUCAAAUAGUGUUUUUUUUUCUGUGAAAUAUGGAAUAUUUUACGAAAUUUAGCCCAUUAAGAAACAGCUAAGCCCGGCUAGUGUUUGAGCAUCAACCUAUGAACCAGGAGAUCAUGAUUGAUUCCCAGUCAGGGCACAGGCCCAGGUUGCCAACUCGAUUCCCAGUAGGGGGUAUGCAGGAGGCAGCAAAUCAAUGAUUCUCGCUCAUCAUUGAUGUUUCUAUUUAUCCUCCCCUCCUUUCUGAAAUGAAUAAAAAUGUAUUUCUUUAAAAAUUAACCACAAUAUUCUGCCAACUCGCCUGUUAAAAAUGUAGAUAUCUUUAAACUACUAUGUACCAUUUAUUAAGUUAAUUUUUUUAAAUAGGAAAGGGAUGCAUAUUCAGUUAAUACUUCAUAAUACACCUGGAACCUACCACAAUGUCUGACACACAGAGGGCAUUAAGUGACUAUUGAAUAAAGGGUGGGGAGUUGGGCAGGCCAGUGUCUAUGCAUGUAGAGAACUAGAAGGAACUUUUCCAUGCGGAGAGGUGAAAAGGACAGAAACUGGAAGUACAGGCAGACUGGAUGUAUAAGGAUGCAAGGUAGUGGAAGAGGCCCAUUUCCUCUGGCCAGUCUGCAGGGUCUAAAAGCGGUAGUUAUGUUUUUGCAUCUCUACAUUUUGUAGAUGAGAAUAAGAAUGUCAUCCACAAUGAAUAUACAGUUACUAAAGUGA